AUGUUAGCACAAAAGAUGAAAUCAAUUUCUCGGAUUUGGAAGCUUCCCAUCACACAAGUCGUCUUUGUGGGGUGCGUUCUCUUCACCCAGCCAGGUAUGUUUGAUGCUAUAACUGCUAUUGGUGCUGGAGGACAAAAAGCAUCGCUCGCGUGGUUGACAAAUCAAGCUCUUGCGGCUCUUUAUGGAUGUUUCGCGGUGGUUGGUUUCAUGGGUGGUUCUAUCGUUAACACUUUGGGUGCAAAGCUUACAUUUUUCUUGGGUACCAUCGGUUACACUUUGUACAUUGGUUCGUUGUGGAGUCUUGAUAAGACUGGCAACACUGGGUUUGUUGUUGCUGGUGGAGCACUUUGUGGAAUUUCUGCUGGUAUGCUCUGGUCUGUUCAUGGAAUGGUUAUUAUGUCUUACGCCGAGGAAAAAGAUAAGGCGAAGGCAUUUGCAUUGACAUGGAGUAUGCUUUCUAUUGGAGCUGCCAUCGGUGGUCUCAUUGGAUUGUGUCAAAACUUGAAUACCGCAGAUACUUCAGGAGUUGCUACCGGUACUUAUGUGGCCUUCAUCGCGAUAAUGGUUGUGGGAUGUUGCGUUUCUCUACUUUUAUUAAACCCCCAACAGGUGAGAAGAAGCGAUGGAAGACCUCUUGAGCACUUUCGUCAAACGUCUUUCAAGAGAGAGGUGAUCGACACAUUUAAGCUUUUGAAGGAAUGGAGACUAGUGGUCUUGUUCCCGGCUUUUUUUGCCAGCAAUUUCUUUUAUUCAUAUCAGUUUGGUAUCAAUGCCUUCUAUUUCUCAUUGAGAACAAGAGCGUUGAACUCGAUGGUUUACUGGCUUACGCAAAUUCUCGGUACUUUUGGUCUUGGAUUGAUUCUCGACAACCAAAGAAUUCUGAGAAGAAAGCGCGGGAUAAUAGCCUUGAUAGUGACAUGCGUCUUUGUUACUGCUACCUGGAUCGGAGGAGCAAUCUUCCAAACUCAAUUCGACAUGCAUUCAACUCCUCCUAAUGUUGAUUGGACAAGUUCUAAAUUCGGAGGUCCUUUUGUUCUCUACUUUAUGUAUGGAAUUUCCGAUGCAAUGUGGCAGUGUUGGUGCUACUGGAUUAUGGGAACACUUUCCAAUGAGUCCUACAAGUUGGCCCGCUGUGCGGGCUACUAUAAGGCUGUGCAGUCUGCUGGGUCAGCUAUCUCGUUUGGAAUAUCGUCGCUUAGUAUUCCGUUUGUGAAACAAAUGGGUGCAAAUUUCGGAAUGAUGCUCUUCAGCAUGCCAUUGAUGUUCAUCGCAGCAUGGAAGGUGAACCAGACUAACUACGACAAGGAAGAGGAGGUGGUUCCUCCAGCUGAUGUCCAGAGCCAAUUGGAGGAGGAGGAACCUGAGGUAGAUCUCGAGAAGAAUUCAAAUGCGGUGGAGGUCCAUUCUACCAAGUCCUAA